AUACUUUUGCUGCUUUUUGUGACGUCAUUGCAAGGCGCGAAUUCCCUGCUUCAAACUCAAAGUCACACUAGCGCAAAUAGUAAAUAUAAUUACACGCAAAGCUACCAUCAAAUAUUUAAGUUUGAAAGGUGCCCUUUCAGAACUACUUACCGGAAUAUGUUUUUCUCAAACGUCUUCGUGUGCAGCGACAAUGGAUACCAGCGCUUUCGACGCCGAUAACUCUGUUAGUUGCCGACUGUCCUCCGUCAUCCCUGAUAUCUGCAAGACUGAAGACUGCUGCCUGGGCAUCGACGAGGCAGGCAGGGGACCGGUGCUUGGUCCAAUGGUUUAUGGAAUAUGCUUCUGUCCUAUUUCAAAAAAGGAUGAUCUUAAGACCUUGAAAGUUGCAGAUUCCAAAACUCUGUCAGAGACAGAAAGGGAGAAUUUAUUCCAAAAACUGGACGAUUCCAAAGGUUUUGUGGGAUGGGCUCUGCGUAUUCUCUCUCCUAACACUAUCUCCACCAGUAUGUUACAGAGGACAAAAUGCAACCUUAACACCCUGUCACAUGACACAGCCAUUGGUUUAGUUCAGUUUGCGUUGGACAGUGGCGUACAGGUCAAAGAGGUGUUUGUAGACACAGUUGGGCCUGCCGAAAAGUAUGAGGAGAAGCUCUCCAAGCUUUUCCCAGGCAUUGAUAUCACAGUGAGGCCAAAAGCCGACUCCCUUUUCCCCAUUGUCAGUGCAGCCAGUAUCUGUGCGAAGGUGGCUAGAGAUCAUGUUGUGAAAAACUGGAACUUUGCUGAGGACCUAGGAGAUGUGGAUACUGAAUACGGUUCCGGAUACCCGAAUGAUCCAAAGACCAAAGCAUGGCUCCUGAAGUACUUGGACCCAGUGUUUGGCUACCCUCAGUUUGUGCGCUUUAGCUGGAGCACGGCCCAAACUUUAAUUGACAGCAAGGCUGUGACUGUCCACUGGGAUGAUGACGAGGAAGACGGUGAGAAGGCGGCGCAGCGGCUUGCCAACAGGUCCAUGCUGUCCUAUUUCAGUGCGCCAGGUGGCGUCAAUAAACAAACCCAGAAACACCGCUUCUUCUCAGAGCGGAAGUUGAAGAGUAUUGACACUCUAUGAGGACUGGCUGUGAGUUGUUUCUACACACAUAAGCAGCAGUGAAAGGACGCCGUUGUUGGAAAGUCUUUAUUUGUUCAAUUUAUACCUGUUUUACUUAUAGAAUGUAUUUUAUAAAAUAUAUCAAGGGCUGUUGUUUGAACAUGAGUGGGAGAAAAGGAUGAGUCAGGUUUUCAAAAGGUAUUUUAAUCCUGAUUGUGCUCUCUAGUCGAAGUAUGAAGAACCACAUUUGUUUUGCUAAAAACCUAGUUUCACAUGGCUGAAAUUCACAUUAGUGCACCAAUUAAAAGACAUGAAAAAUCCCUGAAAUCCCUUAUGUUGCAUGGUAUGGUGUGGUAUGAAAAUAGGUUGCCAAGACAUACAAUAAAAUUACAUGGUCGUGCACAAUAAGAGUUCAUUGUCGGAUACAUUGCUUCAGUUAGGGCCUAAACUGACCCAGCAAAUAGGAAGCAGGUUCAUAAUUUAAGGAAAUAUAGAUAAGCAUUUAUAGCCAGCUUCCGGCCUUUAUGUGUUACACACAUCACAUUAUUAUAUUUACAAGUGAACAUUAGGCAAAUUUUAAAGAUGAGUCAUGAAGACAUACGGUUCACUUCUUUGCUAGGUGUAAAGGCCUUGCGCUAGUCUUGAGAUGGAUGCCAAAAUUUGCAGAAAUCCCAUGCAGUUGCUCUUCUGAAGUGACAUCUGCUCUCAUGUCCACAGUAGCCAAAGGUAGACACCAUAUGUAUGAUCAUAACGCAUCAAAUCACAAACUUUACAAGUCACUGUCCACCUGCAGCCCACGGUCAGUUUUCUUUGGCCUUGUGCCUAGACUCCUGGAUCUUUUUCCCACAGUUCAUAGCCAGAGUGGACACUGCAAAGGAGGAAAGGAUGAUAAUGGAGCUCCCCACAAAAUGAGACGAAGCACCUCUGGUGGUCGCUCUCAAGGCUUUCUUGGAGAAUGAUUCCCGGUCGAAGGCUGCAGUGGCGGUCUGGGAAGAGGCUUCCAUGGCUGGGUCAACUUCACAAGCUUGUGUUAGACACCUGGUGCGAGGCAGGAGGACAACGCCUUGCUGGCUUUAAUGUGUUGAGUCCUGUCUGAUUCAUCUCCUGAUCCCUUCCUGUACGUCCUUUUAUAACCUUCUGUCCCACACAUCUCAACCCUCUUAAGAGGGCAGUUCUUCUCCUGCGUCAAUGGGAUUAAAAAUAGUUAGCAUGCCCAUUGAGGACUAAGGGGGCGAUCUAUUUCAGCUCAAGACUGUCUGCCCUAAUGCCAUUAGAUCAGCCUAUCAAUGUCCAACCCCGUAGCUAGUGGAGAUGUCAUAACCAGUAUGUUCAGCCAAUGGGAGGCCAGAUAUCAAUCACAAGGACAGGGUAUUUAUCAGUUUAUGUUCAUUGAGCAGAUACACAUUUUUACAGUGAGCAAAAUAUGUUGCUUCCCAUUUGUUUCAUACAAAAUUUUGCAAGAAUUUUCUAAAUCAGAAAUAUUGGAAAUGGAACAAAUUGUUUUGAUGCUUAUUUGGCGUGGUGCCGAAUGUGCAGUUGGAAGACUUAUUAUAUUAUGGCCUGCCCUUGACAACAAUGGAUGCCCAAUUGAUUUUAAUUGGACUCGCUGCGCAUGCUCAUGUUUCACUACCAUUGUGUUCGCUGUCAGACCUCCUAGUAAAAAUGGAUUGGACGUCUAGAGCUGUCAGUUACGGCCAAUGAGUGAACACUAUUGGACUGAGACGUGUAUAGUGUUUUCUUACAGUAAAAUAAGUAAAAUUUGUUGUUCAUGUUCUUCAUUUAACACUCACUCUGGCUUUCUUUGAAAAUCAAAGUCCUCUCACAUAAAGACAGCAGUUCCAAGUUUUUAGC